CAGGUGCUAGUUCUGGGUCUGGUAACCCUGAGAGAAAACCCAACCCGAGGCCGGAAGCGCUCGGAAGUCAUGUGCUGACAGGACCUGGCGAGUGAUUGGCUUGGCCAGACGUGAGGGAUGCCGCUGUGAUUGCUGAAUUGUCUGGGCAGGGUCCGGAGUCUCUUGUAAGCUUCCCUGACUUUUGCUUCCCUCUGAAGAGGAAGAGGAGGGGCAGCCCUACUCUCUCUGGGAUCGGGUGGUCACAUCCCCUUCAGGAGCCCUGAGUGCCCACCUUGGGUGUCGUCAACAUGGAGUUCUGAAGUCCAUGUGGCUCCUCACAGUGAACCAGGUGUUAAGGAAAAUGCAGAGACGCCACAGCAGCAACACGGAUAACGGUCCACCUGAAAGAACUCGCAGCCAAGUACUCAGCUCCGAGGCGAGUGUGGAUGAAGGCGGCGUCUUUGAAAGCCUGAAGGCAGAAACCGCCUCUCCGCCGGCGCUCUUCUCCGGCCUCACGGGUCUCCCGACAGGCAGCAUUCCCGCCAACCCGUUUCCUUCCAGCCUGGUCCUGGGGUCCUCGGCCAGCGGCGGGGACGUGUUCAUCCAGAUGGCGGCCUCCCGGGAGGAAGGCGGAGGCCGGGGCGAGGGGGUUGCGUACCACCACCGCCAGCCGCCGCACCACUUCCACCACGGCGCCCACCGCGGGGGCUCCCUGCUGCAGCACGUGGGCGGGGAUCACCGCGGACACGCCGACGAGGGGGGCGACGAGCAGCCCGGGACCCCGGCCCCGGCCCUGUCGGAGCUGAAGGCAGUGGUCUGCUGGCUCCAGAAGGGGCUCCCCUUCAUCCUGAUCCUCCUAGCCAAAGUCUGCUUCCAGCAUAAGCUGGGCAUCGCCGUGUGCAUUGGGAUGGCCAGCACCUUUGCCUACGCCAACUCCACGCUCCGAGAGCAGGUCUCGCUGAAGGAGAAGAGGUCGGUGCUGGUCAUCUUGUGGAUCUUAGCCUUUCUGGCGGGUAAUACCCUGUAUGUGCUCUACACAUUCAGUUCCCAGCAGCUGUACAACAGCCUCAUAUUCCUGAAGCCCAACCUGGAGACACUGGACUUCUUUGACCUGCUGUGGAUUGUGGGAAUCGCUGACUUCGUGCUGAAGUACAUUACCAUCGCCCUCAAGUGCCUCGUUGUGGCCCUGCCCAAGAUCAUCCUGGCUGUGAAGUCCAAGGGAAAGUUCUAUCUGGUCAUCGAGGAGCUGAGCCAGCUGUUCCGAUCCCUUGUCCCCAUCCAGCUGUGGUACAAAUACAUCAUGGGUGAUGACUCCUCCAAUAGCUACUUCCUGGGAGGGGUCCUGAUCAUUCUCUACAGCCUCUGCAAGUCAUUCGACAUCUGUGGCCGUGUGGGCGGAGUUAGGAAAGCCCUGAAGCUUCUCUGCACUUCUCAGAAUUAUGGAGUCCGGGCCACUGGGCAGCAGUGCACAGAAGCGGGUGACAUCUGCGCCAUCUGCCAGGCCGAGUUCCGAGAGCCUCUGAUCCUCAUGUGCCAGUAUUAGCUGUGGGUCACCAUCGCUUGGCAGUAAGUGCUGGUCAGUCCCUUUAACUCCCUCGAUGCGUCCCUUCUCCUUCCCGACGUCAGGAGCAAAUGCAGGUGGGGCGAGGGCACGCAGGUACUGUCCCCUCCUCUGGAAGCUCAUGGUCUCCUGGGGGAGAGAGACACAUACAUAAAUAACUAUGAAACAAGACAGGCGGUGAGAAGUGCUGGGUGAGGAAGAUUCACACAGUGUCCCGGGGGACUGCGGCAGAGAGCGAUGAAUUCCGGGUUGGGAAGGAUUGGAGGAGGCAGAAGAAAAGGAGGCCAGAAGGAAUGAGAGAGUGUUUGCACCCCCCUCCCACCUCCAUAUCUUCUCAAGAGGGUUCUUUUUAGCAUCAGCAAAUUUUCGUGGUUGUUAAUGUUUUGGAAUUUUAUGGGAUUGUUUUUAAAUUUAAAUUUUAUUUAUUUUUACAUUGGUAAUAUAUUUGCAUGAUUCAAAAUACAAAAAGGAGAGAUUUAGGAGACUUGAUGAUUAAAUGCAGUGUGGGAGCCUGGAUCAGCUCUUGGAACAGAGAAAGGACAUUUAGUGGAAAAACGGGUGAAAUCCAAAGUCUGGAAUUUAGUUAAUAGUAAUGCAUUAAUGUGGAUUUCUUAGUUUUGACAAAUGUUCUCCAGUAAUGCAAGAUGAUAACAUGAGGGGAAACUGAAACUGGAUGGAAAGAAUUGGGGGCACUCUGUACUGACUUUGCAACUUUCCUGUAAGCCUAAAAUUAUUGUAAAACAAAAAGUUUAUUAAAAAGUUUAAGCUACCAAAGGGAGAAUAGUGAUAACUUCCCACCCUUGUACCCUAGUUAUCCACACAGGC